UUUUAAACUGUUUGUCUUCCAACUGAUUGGCUCAGUGAGACGACGUUUAGGUCAGCCCAGCUAGCUGACUGCCAAAGGGAAAUCACUUUUUUUUUUUUUUUUGCAUCUGAAACAGUGCAAAAAGAUCACUUAGACCUUUAAAAGGUACAAGCUUUUUCCAGAUUCACCCCAACAACUUUUUUCCCCAAGAACAUUUUCCUUCGGAGGAGCGUCCAGUGAACGGCCAGCAUGUGGGAGUUCCGGUCCAUGGCGUUUUGGCGGGCGGUCUUCGCUGAGUUCUUCGGUACCAUGUUCUUUGUGUUUUUCGGCAUAGGCGCUGCGCUGCGCUGGACCACUGGGCCUCACCACAUCCUGCACGUAGCUCUGUGCUUCGGCUUGGCGGCUGCCACCAUCAUCCAGUCCAUCGGCCACAUCAGUGGCGGCCACAUUAACCCGGCCGUCACCUUCGCCUAUCUGGUAGGCUCCCAGAUGUCCCUGUUCCGCGCUUUUUUCUACUGGGCUGCCCAAUUUCUGGGGGCCGUGGCCGGGGCCGCCGUGCUCUAUGGGGUCACCCCAAAAAACAUGAGGGGCAACAUGGCUCUCAACAUGCUGCAGCCUGGCAUCAGUCUGGGCAUGGGCACCACAGUGGAGGUGUUUCUGACCAUGCAGCUGGUGAUUUGCAUCUUUGCCGUGACGGAUGAGAGGAGGAACGGACGCAUGGGCUCUGCUGCCCUGUCCAUCGGCUUCGCUGUCACAGUCGGACACCUCAUGGGGAUGUACUACACUGGUGCUGGAAUGAACCCUGCUAGAUCUUUCGCCCCUGCUGUACUCUUCAGGAACUUUGUCAACCACUGGGUGUACUGGGUGGGUCCCAUGAUAGGAGGUGCUAUGGGAGCUCUUCUGUACGAUUUCAUGCUGUUUCCCCGCAUGCGCGGUCUUUCUGAGCGCCUGGCCACACUGAAGGGCAGCCGACCCCCCGAGACGGAGACCCAGCAGGACGCCCGCGGGGAGCCCAUCGAGCUCAAGACACAAGCCCUAUAAGCCUGUCCCUAUCUGGGGACGGGGAUGAGGGACAGGCCCUGUGUCGACCAACCCCCGUGCUACCCCCAACCCGUCAACACACACACACACACUCACUCACACAGACUCACUAACUAACACACAGACACACACACUCACAUUGAGACACACUGACUAAACAUGCAGAUUCAGACGUGUAUUUAUACACAAACUGUACACACACUCAUACACACCCAUACACAGACAGGUUCACAACCUUCAACCUCAACAUGCAACGAGACUUCUCUCCCUCCAACCUCACUCUGUAUACUGAAUUGGACAUUGUGUUUGAUAGAGGCGAACAGGGAGGGCCCGAUCCACAUAGACACAAGGACCAGACCUGUCACAACAGAAGCAUGUGGGUGAGGUGUAGGUGGGCACCCACUGGGCACAGACGUCAAUUCCCACAUUGGUUCCACGUCGUUUCAUUGAAAUGACGUGGAAACAACGUUGAUUCAACCAGUGUUUGCCCAGUGGGGAUGUAGGUAUGGGUGGGGUAAGAGGUAAGGGCAUGGGUGGGCUUUGGGCAGGUAAGGGUAUAGGAUAGAGGGGUUGGGGUGAGGAUAGAGGGGCAACAGGUUUUUAGUCGGAUAGGGUUGUGUUAGAUCAGUGAAGAUGGGCAUGCUUUUUCAUUAUGCAUCUGAUUUAUCGCUCUCAAUUUUUUUCCAGUUGUUUUCUGCACUUCAGACACAAGACGUGGAUGUAUGAUACCAUUAGAUUUUUACCAGGGUUUCAUUUUUCAAAUCACUUCAAUUUAUCUCUGUGUGCGUGCGUGUGUGUGUGUGUGCGUGCGUGCGUGCGUGUGUGCGUGCGUGAGUGUGGGUGCUUCUACAGUAUGUGUGUGUGUGAGUGAGAGUGAGUGCGUGUGUGCCUGUUUGUGCGUGAGUGUGUUUGCCAGUGAGUGUGCGUCCGUAUGUGAAUUCGUGUUUAAUCGAGUUCGCAGAAACAGUACUUUUCAUUUUGUUUUCUUUUCAUGACCACUCUCCUGUUCGUAUCAUGAUUAUCUUUCAUUACGUUAUCAAUUUUUAAGACAUAUAACUUAUCCUCCCCUCACUGUGGUAUUUGCUAUGAUAUUCAUUUUUACACAAAUCAUCUGCUUUUUUGUUCAGAAAAAGAAAAAAAAAGAAUUUUAAAGGAAAUGUUGUAUCCCAAACCGGACUGAUUCCUCUCACUACAGAAUGGCUGCGUAAGCUUUUCAUGAAGUCUCCUUUUAUGAUUUGAUCUUUAAUGUCAGCAUAAGGCAGUUUAAACCAUAUUUAAAUGAAAAUAAACCAAAAAAACUUGAUACAAAA